UCUUUAUUCUCUAGGCAGGGGAUUUCGAGUCAUGCAGUUUGCCUGAAAUCAGUAACAAGAGGACCAGCUUCCCUGCAAUUGGUUAGGCCGGUUUUUUUCUUUUCUUUCUUCCUCUUCUUUUUGUAGCUUUCGGCUUGGCUAAGUAGACCACCAUGACCAUCAGACGCAUAGAUCAAGGGCAGCGUUACAGGCCAAGAAUGGCAUUCCUGAAAAAGCUGGAAGUUCUGUUGGUGGAGAUGCAGGACCCAAGUUCUGGCAUCAAAACGCACGCUCAGAAGGUCACGGUCGUCGAUAUCCCGCAUGCAAUGACUGGUUCUGAUAUGCUACAGUGGCUUAUGCAGCGCCUGCAGAUUACCGAUGAAGAGGCACUCAAUUUGGGAAGUAUGAUUAUCAGGUACGGCUACAUCUAUCCUCUUCAGGAUUCGAAGAAUCUGAAUCUCAAACCAGACAGCAGCCUCUACAGGUUUCAGACACCGUAUUUUUGGCCGACCCAGCAGUGGGCAGCAGAUGAUACAGACUAUGCCAUCUACCUAGCCAAGAAAAAUAUCAAAAGGAAAGGAGUUUUAGAAGAAUAUGAAAAGGAAAAUUAUAACACGCUGCACAAAAAAAUCAACCACAAAUGGGACUUCGUUGUUAUGCAGGCCCAGGAACAGUAUAGGACAGGAAAAGAACGAAAGAAGGAAGAUCGAUAUGCUCUGGACUGUCAGGAGAAAGCCUAUUGGCUAGUGCACCGAACAGCUCCAGGGAUGCAGGACACACUUGACUAUGGCUUAGACCGAGUAACUGAUCCCUGUGAAAAUACGAAAAAAACCAUGGAUGUUUACAGGAGAGAGAUCAUGUACUACCAGCAGGCCAUAAUGAAAACCACAGUAAAGUCCUCUGUCUCCCUGGGAGGAAUUGUGAAGUACUGUGAACAGUUCCGCUCCAAUGACUGCAUAAUCUCAGGGUGCCUCCCCAGCAACCCCUGGAUCUCAGAUGAGGUUGACUUUUGGGAUUACAAUGCAAAGCUGGUGGAAAUCCCCACCAAAUCACGAGUGGAGAGAUGGGCCUUCAAUUUUAGCGAGCUGAUGAGGGACCCCAAGGGCCGCCAGAACUUCCAGCUGUUCCUGAAGAAAGAGUUCAGCGGGGAGAAUCUGGGAUUUUGGGAAGCUUGUGAAGAUCUGAAGUAUGGAGACCAAUCCAAGGUGAAAGAAAAAGCAGAAGAAAUUUACAAGACCUUCUUGGCACCUGGAGCCAGGCGCUGGAUCAAUAUUGACGGCACCACUAUGGGCAUCACGGUCAGAGGCCUCAAACACCCUCAUCGCUAUGUCUUAGAUGCCGCACAGACUCACAUUUAUAUGCUGAUGAAGAAGGAUUCGUUCGGUCGCUAUUUAAAGUCUCCGAUAUACAAGGAGAUACUGUCCAAGGCAAUUGUGCCGCAAGAAGCCGCCGUGAAGAAAAGCUCUAAUAAUCCGUUUGCUCGCCGGCACCUCCGCUCCAGCCCCAGCCCCGUCAUCUUGAGGCAACAGGAGGAAGAAGCCAAGGCGAAAGAAGCAGCGGCCAACGUGGACAUCACCCAGUUGUGCCAAUUCACUGCUCCUGUUCCCCAUCUGGCCAUUUACAGUGGUACCUCUGACUCUCCAUCGACGUCCAAUGCUUUCUCUUCCUCCCGCCGUGUGCCUAGCGACCGUCCUCUACGGUGCCCUGGGCACAUUACUCUACCAAACAGUGCUAGCUCCUCCUCUGUUAAGGUAGCUCCAGACAACACCUCUGUCACGGGCAGGAACUGGGAUGGGCCUAGCUCUAACUCCGCCCCUUCCUUCAUGGAAAGCACUGAGAUCGCCAUGGAUUCUGAGCUGGAGCCCUGCCGCAGCUCCCAGUACCCUAUGAGCUCUAAGACCAAGCUGCUGCCCAAGCCCCAGAUGUCCUCAUCCCUCGGCAGGUUCCUCAAACUGGGAUGCUUGAACUCUCCAAUGUUUGCAACAUUCUCACCCAAGUGCCCUGGAGUGACUCAUGGGAAAGUGCAACCACUCGAUGGUCUGAACCCACAACUGCAACAGAGGUCCAAAAAGGUGUCCAACUUCUUCCAGAUAAAAAUGGAAAUACCUCUGGAGAGCAAGAUCUACCCAAUAGAUUCGGAGGAGGAGGAAGAGGGCAGCCACUGGGCUUGCAAGGAUUCUGCAAAUGAAGUUAUCUGCCCAUGGGAGAAUCUGAUAGAAGAUGGAAAAGCUGGAUAAAAAGAAGCCUUUGACGCUAUUUGGAUAUUUUUAAAUGGCUAAUUUUUUAUCCUGCUCCUGAAUUAGCAGGUAUUAUUUCCUACAGUUUGAUUGAUUUCAUAAUGCUGUUAAAAGGAGUGCAAUGGAAUAAAGAAUGAGAAUAAUCCACAUGGAUUGCAAAGCAAGAAGCCAGAUACAUAUUUAUUUCAAAAUUCAGAAAUUUAAGGUUGGCCUUUAUUUUUUGGCAGUUCAGUGCCAUCACUUCCUGGUUUCUUUUAUGUAACCCUUAACUACAUCAAGUGUAUUUAGGAAACUCUCCUGCUUUGUUAGCCUUUCAGAACUAUUGCAGUUGUAUUUAUUAUGCCUGUGCCCUGCUCUUCCUUUGGAAGGUCAGAUUUACGUAUAUCUCCUACAGAUCUCCUAACCAGGUACUGAUUAGGUUGACAUCUGCUUGGCUUCAACAAUGCUAUAGCAUCAGGUACUCUUUAGGCCUGAUAUCUAACUCUGAGUUAGACUCAAAUCUUGGAGCAGAAAAUAUAUGUUUGAUACAACAUCAUUUUCAUUUAUCAGAUAAAUAUGACAUUUUUUCGUUGAACUUUAAUUGCCCUUCACAAAAUCCUUUGCAAACAUCUGUGAAGGGAAGAUUGAUAUUUUCUUAUCAGGAAGUUCUACUGCAAUUCAUGUAGCUAAAUUGACACAUAUUUUUCUUCUUUUUUGUUGUUUCAUAUCGAAUGUUAUUUGCUAAAUCCACAUGUCUCUUGGUGAUGAUGAAGGUUGCCUUCUGAUAAACGGCUUGUAGCUUCUGAGUGAAAUCAGACUCAGGUUCUGGACAAUCCUAUGUCUGGGUAAUUAUAAAGCUAAUGAAAUAUUGGUAGCAGGGUCCUGCCUUUUUAUGUUGCUCCAGCCUUGCAACAUAGUCCAUAUUUCAGCGAAGCCAAAGACUUGACACGACUAAUUGGAAGUCCGUUGUCUGUUCUUACUUUUAAUCCCUUAGAGAACAGAGAACUUUCAACUGCAAUGUUAUUCAUCCUUUUUAUCUUGUUGCAUUCUCAACAGUUUUGUAAAGGUAAGUCACCAUCGCUCCUGUUUUAUAUAUAAAUAACAGCUGAAGGGAUUGACUUUGUCUGUAGCCAAACAGACAGACAAAGGGCUUCCCUGUCUUUGUCCAGCUGUCCACACACUGAACCAUUCUGGAUCUCAUCUGCACCAAUUUAUCUGCCUGCGAUGCCUGCAAUAACUUCAUGUUUGUGAUAAUCUUAUGGUUGACCAGAGGCCUCAUUUCAUGCUAUCAUGCCCUGUGGAACGCCCUCCCACCAGAUGUCAAAGAGAAAAACAACUACCAGACUUUUAGAAGACAUUUGAAGGCAGCCCUGUUUAGGGAAGCUUUUAAUAUUUAAUAGCUUAUUGUAUUUUAGUGUUCUGUUGGAAGCCGCCCAGAGUGGCUGGGGAAACCCAGCCAGAUGGGCGGGGUAUAAAUAAUAAAUUAUUAUUAUUAUGUUAUUAUAACACAGUUAAAUCCUAUGAACACUUCUGUAUACCAGCCAUGCAUUCGGACUUCUACCUGCAUCAAUGGCACUGCAAUAUCAGAUCAGUUCUUUACUAGGUCCAUUUUCAAUCAGUACUCUCCCCUCCCGCAUCCCCACGACCUUCCCUACAAUUGGGACCAGUCACGAGAUCAGAAACACUAAAUGCAAAAUACCUCUACAAACAAGCUGGGGAUCAGACUGUCAAAUCUAGUUUGAUUUGGUUCAAAUAAGUUUAAAACCCAUUCCCUCUUCCCAAACAACCGUAGGAUUUAGUUCUGUAUGGAAAGAAUAGUUUUCUAACUGAGAGUUAUCAGCACCUCACCAAACCAUUCACAUAAUAUUUGGGAUGUAAAACCAGUCUAAACUGUAGUGCAGAUACUUCUAUAUUCUUCUGAAACAUGAGCCCCUUAUUUGUUACCAACUUUCUCACUGAGGUUAUUUUUUGCUUCUGUUUCCCUGUGUUUGGUUCAGUUGAAAUUUGCAGAUUGACUGCAUCUCCAUCAAGCGUUCCUCUAUGUUCAUAUAUUUGUUUUAGCCUUUAAUAAACCAACACUGUACAGCUCUUUCAGCUGUCUGCCCUCAUUACACACUAUAACUGCCUUUCUAUAUGGGUGAUUUCCUGAUAAUUGAGUAUAUUUCCUUUAUCUGUAUCAAGUGUUUUUGCUUCUAAUGAGUUAUAAAUAAAACUACUUUGAAUGAC